GUCCGCCUCGGCGCUACGUUCUCGCGGUGGUGGUGGGCGUGAGCCGGCUCUUCUCGGGCAUAUAGGUUAUCGGUCGGCACGUUCGCUCUGCCACUCGCCGCUCACGGACCGACACGUGCACCACGCGACCGCGCACCAUGGACGGCAAGAAGCCCCCGUACAAAGUCGCCGACUAUUCCCUGGCGGAAUGGGGUCGUAAGGAGAUCACCCUGGCGGAGAACGAGAUGCCGGGGCUUAUGGCGCUUAGGAAAAAGUAUGGGCCGCGCAAGAUACUGAAGGGUGCACGGAUCGCCGGUUGCCUGCACAUGACCGUGCAAACUGCGGUGCUGAUUGAAACCCUUAAGGAACUCGGUGCAAAUGUGCAAUGGUCAUCCUGCAACGUAUUCAGCACGCAGGAUCACGCCGCGGCGGCGAUGGCGAAGGCGGGAGUGGCGGUGUACGCGUGGAAGGGAGAAACCGAUGAGGAAUACAUCUGGUGCAUAGAGCAGACGCUCGUGUUUCCGGACGAUCAGCCGUUCAACUUGAUCCUCGACGACGGCGGCGACCUGACCAACCUCGUGCACAUCAAGUAUCCGCAGUAUCUCAAGGAAUGCCGCGGCUUAUCCGAGGAGACCACCACCGGCGUGCACAAUCUCUACCGCAUGAUGAAAGAUGGAACGCUCAAAGUGCCGGCGAUCAACGUCAACGACUCCGUCACGAAGAGUAAAUUCGACAAUUUGUACGGAUGCAGGGAAUCGCUGGUAGAUGGAAUCAAAAGAGCGACUGAUAUUAUGAUAGCUGGUAAGGUAUGCGUGGUGGCCGGAUAUGGAGACGUGGGUAAGGGAUCCGCCCAAAGUCUCAGGGCCCUCGGGGGUCGCGUUAUCAUCACUGAAAUUGACCCCAUCAACGCCCUUCAAGCGGCCAUGGAAGGAUACGAGGUGACAACGAUGGACGAAGCGAGCGCGAAGGGGCAGAUAUUUGUCACUACCACAGGAUGCAAGGACAUCAUCGUGGAUCGUCACUUCAUGAACAUGCCGAACGACGCCAUCGUCUGCAACAUUGGGCACUUUGAUUGCGAGAUCGAUGUCGCGUGGCUGAAUAAGAACGCCGAGAAGAUUAACAUAAAGCCCCAAGUGGACAAAUACCGAUUGAAGAACGGCAGACAUGUUAUUCUUCUCGCGGAGGGUCGUUUGGUGAACCUGGGCUGCGCGAUGGGUCACCCGAGCUUCGUCAUGAGCAACUCGUUCACGAAUCAAGUGCUCGCACAAAUCGAACUGUGGACGAAAUCGAACAAUUAUCCGAUUGGCGUGCAUAUGCUGCCGAAGAAACUGGACGAAGAAGUCGCGGCGUUACAUCUCGAACACUUGGGAGUGAAGUUAACGACUCUCACGCCAGAGCAGGCCAGGUAUUUGGACGUGUCUGUGGAGGGACCUUACAAGCCCGAUCAUUAUCGAUACUAGUUGCCGUAACUUGAGUGUGGAAUAAUUGGCACUAAAUUACAGUUGAAUUAUUCUUGCUGUAAUUAUGCCGCUAGUUUUAUACGGCGUUCGAUCGAUGAAACAUUAAAGCAUCUUUCCUUUUCAA